AUGGUUGCCUUUCUGACCCCAGAGGUCCGAGCUCGUCCAAAUCUGGAUGUUAUUGUCGACGCUCAUACCACAAAGGUACUCACAGACGGCAAACGUGCGACUGGAGUACAUGCAGUGGUAUCCGGCAGCGCAGAUGCUGCCAACUCGGUAACAUUCGAAGCAACGAAUGAUGUUGUCCUGUGCGGUGGCGCGUUUAACAGUCCACAGUUACGUAUGCUUUCAGGAAUUGGCCCCAAGGAGCAGCUUAAUAGGCACGGAAUUGAUGUAGUACAUGAAUUGCCUGGAGUGGGCCAGAAUCUUCAGGAUCAUGCCGACAUCGCCGUGAAUGCAAAAACUUCGAGAAUAGGCAUGCCGCUGCAAAUCGGGCUCACCAACUUACAAAGUCAGAUUAAGCACCUUUUCCUAGCUAUUUUUAAGAAAGAAGGGGCAUUCGUGGGAGAUAAUGAAUUUGUCGGCUCAUUCUUCAAAAGCAAGCCUGGCAUUCCCGCUAACGAUAUCCAAAUGCAUGUCGCACCCUUUUACUACAAAGAUCAUGGUGCCACUUUAAGAUACGGUGGUGGUCUUACAGCCAAAUCGUGCUAUAUGAGGCCCGAGUCUCGCGGCACGGUCGCUCUGAAUUCGGUUAACCCAAUGGAGGGGCCACUCAUUGACCCCAAUAUUACGAUCAUCGAGUCGAUUCAAUCCAAGGCCCUAGCAGAAGAUAACCUGGCGACCUGUGGAUAUGGCGACAAGGAUGUUAACAACCUUACCGACAGCGACAUCAAGGAGUUUCUGCGCGAGAAUAUCGAAUCCAUCUACCACCCAGUAUCUACUUGGUAA